AUGGCAAUAAGCAGACUGUCAUUUGGUAGCACUAGCCUUACGGCUACGAGCCAUUGGGUGAAAUGGAGAAUUUCUGAUUUCAUUGUCUUAAUCGUGAGUAUAGUAAUUAAUGUCCCUGUUUAUUAUCAACAUCCCUUCCAAAGGCAGUUUUACAUUGACGAUUUGACUAUAUCCCAUCCGUAUACUAAACAUGAACGUGUGAGUAACGGAAUGUUGCUCAUAUACAGCCUAGUGGUUCCUACGGUGAGUAUUAUAACGGUUUGGGCGCUUUUGGCCGACAAAAGACAUAGGUGGCAUCUACUCUAUAUCUCACUGCUAGGUCUGUAUCUUUCCUGGUCAUUAAAUGUAUUAUUUACCAAUUAUAUCAAGAAUUGGAUUGGCAGAUUGAGGCCAGAUUUCUUAGCUCGCUGUGAACCUAGGGAAGGUCUUCCUAAAGAUACAUUAUUGAAUGCUGCAGAUGUCUGUACUACUCAGAAUGUGGAGCGCUUAUUAGAAGGGUUUAGAACUACACCUUCAGGACACUCGAGUGAAAGUUUCUCUGGUUUAGGAUAUCUUUACCUAUGGCUAUGUGGACAAUUGAUCACUGAUCACCCACAAACUGGAUUAUGGCGGAAAAUUGUAGCGUUUUUACCCUUACUAGGAGCUAUGUUAAUUGCGUUGUCGAGAACACAGGACUAUAGACAUCACUUCCUUGACGUUAUCCUCGGUUCUGCUAUAGGGUGCUCCUUCGCUCACUACAUCUAUAGAAGGUACUUCCCGGCUGUAGAUAAUCCCCUACCUUUCAAACCAUUGUUAGAUGAUUCCGAUGUUAACGAGUUAGAUUCUACGACUCAUCAACCUUUACAGGGGUCAGAGAUGGCACCCUUGUCCUCUUGA